CAACUGUACUCCUCGGCCCGGUUCCGAGCGGGCUGGGGGGAAGGAGGGCUGGGCGCCCGGGGCCGCCCGAGGCCAUCCGAGCCUGCUGGCAGGAAAUGAAGGGGUGGGUGUGCCUUGCGCAAGGUGGUGGCGGAUACCUGGGCGCCCGCGGCGUGGGCGGGCGCUAGGACCCAAGCGGCGCACCUGUUGGCUGGCGCCCCGAGCCCCUCCCCGCGUCCCGGGUGCGGGACCCGGCGAGUGUGAGGGCGGGAGUGACGGCUUCAGCUGAGAGCACCGGCCGGGCGCGGCGGAGCGCGGCCCCGGGCUCACCAUGGCCGAGCUGCUGCGGAGCCUGCAGGAUUCUCAGCUCGUCGCUCGCUUCCAGCGCCGCUGCGGACUCUUCCCGGCGCCGGAUGAGGGCCCCCGGGAGAACGGCGCGGGCUCCGCGGAGGGCGCGGCGCGGACCCCCGGGGCCGGGAAUCUCCCCGCGGUCAACUCCAAGGGCGGCGGGGCACCGGCCAAUGGGCUGCAGAGAGCUGCGGCCCCGCAGGCUUAUACACAGAAGUACAUUGUGAAGAAUUAUUUCUACUAUUACCUAUUCAGAUUUUCAGCUGCUCUGGGUCAAGAAGUGUUCUUCAUCACUUUUCUUCCAUUCACUCACUGGAAUAUUGAUCCCUAUUUAUCCAGAAGGCUGGUCAUCAUAUGGGUUUUGGUGAUGUAUGUUGGCCAGAUGGCCAAGGACAUCCUGAAGUGGCCCCGCCCCUUCUCCCCUCCUGUUGUGAAACUGGAGAACAGAGUGAUUGCCGAGUAUGGGAUGCCGUCCACCCACGCCAUGGCGGCCACCGCCAUCUCCUUCACCCUCCUCAUCUCCACCAAGGACAGAUACGCGUAUCCUUUUGUCUGGGGACUGAUGACAGCUGUGGUGUUUUCCACCUUGGUGUGUCUCAGCAGGCUUUACACUGGAAUGCACACAGUCCUGGACGUGGUGGGUGGUGUCCUGAUGACAGCGCUGCUCAUCGCCCUCACCUACCCGGCCUGGACCCUCAUCGACUGCCUGGACUCGGCACACCCCCUCAUCCCAGUGUGCGUUGUGGUCGUGCUCUUCUUCCUGUGUUACAAUUACCCGGUGUCCGAUGACUACAGCCCGACCAGGGCAGACACCACCACCAUCAUGGCCGCUGGGGCUGGAGUGACCUUAGGAUUCUGGAUCAACCACUUUUUCCAGCUUGUGUCCGAGCCCGCCAGUUCUCUCCCUGUUACUCAGAACAUCCCGCCGCUCACCACGGGCAUGUUUGUUUUGUGUCUGUCCAAAUUUUCGGUGGGAAUCGUGCUGAUUCUCUUGGUCCGUCAACUUGUGCAAAAUCUCUCGCUUCAAGUAUUGUACUUCUGGUUCAAGGUGGUGGUCAGGAACAAGGAGGCCAGGCGGAGACUGGAGAUCGAAGUGCCUUACAAGUUUGUCACCUACACGUCAGUUGGCAUCUGUGCAACCACCUUUGUGCCAAUGCUGCACAGGUUUUUGGGAUUACUCUGAGCCCACUGGGACCUGAGAGCCCAGGCAUAGGAAAGUUGUUGGGUGGACAAGUCUUGACAACUCAUUUUCCUUUGGGGAAAAAAAAAAAAAUCCUUAAGUCACAUAUCUGUUCUGCUGAUAUCUGAGAGAAAUGACGCUGCUGUGCAAAAGGGAGAACUGUUUCAUAGGGGCCAUGAGUCAGUAAGUGUUGUGCUAGAGUGGGGCUCAGGCAAAAGCCACAGUCAGGUUCUCCAAAGGCUCCCCAGCCUUUCUGUUACACAGACUUUGCGUCUAGCUGUGGGCUGGCGGGAGUUGAGGCUUAGAGGGCGACGAGCCCCACCUGCUUCUGGGAGAACCGACAGAGACAGGGGCCGAGCUGGGUGGCUGGGGGUCGAGCAGUCUCUUUUCAUUACGACCUUGACCCAUGCUGAGUCUCAUCUCCGAAAUUGGAACUCUGGUCUGGGAGAAAGUGUGGCACAUCGUGACCCUGUGUUCCUUGGACAGCGUGACUUUGUUGUCAUCAUGAUGCAACUAGACUGUGCCUGCUUGGGCGGCGGACGGCUCUGCGGUCUGCCUUACUGUGGAGAGGUGAAUGGAGGGGGCAGUGCCACGGGGUCCUGGGGAAGAACCCGCUUCCUUAGGAGUCUGUGCGCCUCCCUCCUGCUCUGGGUGCUCCUACUGAAACAGUGUCUGCUCGUCCUCAUUCAGGCUUUCUGCAGGAUCCCAGGUGCCAUCACUGUACUCUUCUGAUCCAUGAAGUUCACUGGCUGCUCCCACCCUGCCGGGCAUCCUCUAACAUGGGAAAGCUCCACGGGCGGCAUCCGUGCUUCACUGCGCAUCCUGCACUCUCUUGUUUCAGAGUGACUGGGGACAAGCCCUCUGCCGUUUUUUCAGCUUUCUUGGCUUCUUAGGAAUAUGGAAGGCUUUGUUGUCUACCUGCUGCAGAAUGAGGUUGGUUCCUUCUGGGGCCUGACAAAGAGAAGACCUGCCUCCCGGACGUUGCGCCUCCAUUUUUCAGUUACUGUCUGUAAAUCUGCUUUCUCAGCUGCUGAGUGAGUCAGUAGAUUCUCAGUAAGGGGCUUCCCUCCAGGUCUUUCCACCUCUUACCUCAUGGCAUCUUCAAGGGUAAUUAAUGUAAGAACAACUUCAGUCUCUCUUGGAAAAACAAGUCAACCAAAUACAAUACCCCUUAGGCAGGCAGUGUCCUCAGUAGACUUAGGACGGCCAUUGUUAUGCAAACUCCAGAGGGUUCCCUCCCUGGGUCCCUCUUCAGCUCCUAAGAAUAAGGCACAGGUACCAAUAGUUUUUUUAAAAGUUUGCUCAAACAUGUAUUUAAUCAAGUAACCUUUGGGGUAUAGUGUCCGCACCACUGAGGCGAAUGCUUUAUAAUCUAAAUUAACAAUCUGUAGUCUGUGCACACUUCCGGAAAACCAGUCCAUCUUGAAACGUGAGCUCUUAUCUCUGCAUCCAGUGUUCAAAGUAAAAACCACAUUUUCCUGAUUUCUAAUCUAUAGCAUGGCCUUUUUGUGGGGAUUGGAUGAUCUUUGGUGUUUGACUUAGUGCUCCAGUUUCUCGAGAAGAAUAAUUUUUAGCAAACCAUCCAGUUUUUCCCUCAAAUUCUUUUCACGGUUCUGAUAGCUAGAAGGCAGGGAGCAAAAUGACCUGCCAUUCGACUGUUUUACGUCAAGCUCUGACCAGUCUUUGCAGCACCAUGAGAAAGGAGGCAGAGCCCUGCCUUCCAGGGAAUCCCUCCCGAGAGCUGCUCCUGCUGUGCACGGGUGUUGGACGGAGCCUCUGCUCCUUCAUGCGGCGGCUGCCCGGCCAGUGAGCUCAGCGCUGGACAGUAUUUAUGCAAAAUGAUUUUAGUUGAUUUAUCUACAGCCAGCCGAAAAAAAAAAAA